GCCCGGAGGGACUGCGCGCGCGGACGGUCGGGCUUCCCUCCCGACGGGGCCCGACGGACCGGCACGGUCGGCAGUCGCCGCGUAGCCCGGCCUCGAGAUCCGGGGGUCCGGAGCCGGGGCGGGUGGGGGCGCGGGCCCGGGGGAUGCUGGGCUCGGUGGUGAAGAUGGAGGCUCACGACCUGGCCGAAUGGAGCUACUACCCGGAGGCGGGCGAGGUUUAUUCUCCAGUAACCCCAGUGGCCACCAUGGCCCCCCUGAAUUCCUACAUGACCUUGAGCCCUCUCAGCUCUCCCUACCCUUCUGGGGGGCUCCCCCCAUCCCCACUGUCCUCAGGACCCCUGGGGCCUCCAGCCCCUGCUGCACCCCUGGGGCCCACUUUCCCAGGCCUGGGUGCCAGUGGCAGUAGCACGGGGAACUCGGGGUAUGGGGCCCCAGGGCCCGGGCUGGGGCCGGGGAAGGAGAUGGCCAAGAGCUACAGGCGCCCCCUGGCCCACGCCAAGCCUCCCUAUUCCUACAUCUCGCUCAUCACCAUGGCCAUCCAGCAGGCCCCCGGCAAGAUGCUGACCCUGAGCCAGAUCUACCAGUGGAUCAUGGACCUCUUUCCCUACUACCGGGAGAACCAGCAGCGCUGGCAGAACUCCAUCCGCCACUCGCUGUCCUUCAACGACUGCUUCGUCAAGGUGGCGCGCUCCCCCGACAAGCCGGGCAAGGGCUCCUAUUGGGCCCUGCACCCCAGCUCCGGAAACAUGUUCGAGAACGGUUGCUACCUGCGGCGGCAGAAGCGCUUCAAAUUGGAGGAGAAGGCAAAGAAGGGGAGCGGGGGGUCGUCCAUGGCCAGGAACGGUACGGGAUUGGCCACCUUGCCCACCACCUCCACCAUCACCACCACCACCUCCGCUGUCACCAUCACCUCGCCAGCCCAGCCCCCACCCUCUGAGCCUGACGCUCAGGGUGGGGAGGAGGUGGGGGCUCCCCUGGACUGCGGUUCGCCCCCACCCUCCACCCCCUAUUUCACUGGCUUGGAGAUUCCAGGGGAGCUGAAGCUAGACACAGCAUACAACUUCAAUCAUCCCUUCUCCAUCAACAACCUGAUGUCCGAACAGACCCCUGCGCCCCCGAAACUGGACAUGGGGUUUGGGGGUUAUGGGGCUGAGAGUGGGGAGGCUGGAGUGUACUAUCAGGGCCUGUACCCCCGAUCCCUGCUAAACGCCUCCUAGCGGGGAGGGGCAGGGACCGGAGUUGUGGGAUUUGGCUGCGGCUCACAGUCUUGGGGUUCUGGCACCUCAUCUUUCGGGUGACAUCUGUGUGGUUACAGUGGCAACCUGUCAGGCACAGGGCGAACCCCCACAGACUUCUCAAUGGGCACUAAGGGUACUAUGAAGAUGGCCAUGUUGAUUGAUAUUUGUGGUUGAUCCACGGGUGACUUUCUGGCUGCUGCCUGGGCUGCCAUCUUGGUUGUCCCUUUGUGGCCUGUGAUUGAUGGACCCUUUGUUUUCUUUCUUUUUCUUUUUUUUUUUUUUAAUUUUUUUUAUUCUUGGUUGU